GUCUCCGCUCGCAUUGCUGCCAUUUAAUGCGCGGUGAGAGGCGAGCGGCCGCACAAAGAGUCUGCACAAAUAAACAAUGCUGCAAUAAUCACGGUCUGCGCUUAGUUUAUUUGGGAUAGUUGAGCAGUCGACGUUUCUUUACUCGGAUCGCACUCGUAUUCCAUCAUGUCCACCGAAACUCCUCCGGACCAGGCGGCGGAGUACAUCCCAGAGAAGGUGAAGAAAGCAGAGAAGAAGUUGGAAGAAAAUCCAUAUGACCUCGACGCUUGGAGCAUACUGAUUCGUGAAGCACAGAAUCAACCCAUAGACAAAGCAAGGAAGACAUAUGAGCGACUUGUCGCCCAGUUUCCCAGUUCGGGCAGAUUCUGGAAGCUAUACAUUGAAGCUGAGAUCAAGGCUAAAAACUAUGACAAGGUUGAAAAGUUAUUUCAGAGGUGCUUAAUGAAGGUUCUGCACAUUGACCUGUGGAAGUGUUAUCUCUCAUAUGUACGGGAAACCAAAGGGAAACUGCCCAGCUAUAAGGAAAAGAUGGCACAGGCUUAUGAUUUUGCCUUGGAUAAGAUUGGGAUGGAGAUUAUGUCCUAUCAGAUUUGGGUGGAUUACAUCAAUUUCCUCAAAGGAGUAGAGGCUGUGGGGUCAUAUGCUGAGAACCAGCGCAUCACAGCUGUCAGACGAGUUUAUCAGAGAGGCUGCGUCAACCCCAUGAUUAACAUUGAGCAGCUCUGGAGGGACUACAGCAAAUAUGAAGAGGGCAUAAAUGUGCACUUGGCCAAAAAGAUGAUUGAAGACCGGAGUAGAGACUACAUGAACGCCAGGAGAGUCGCCAAGGAGUAUGAGACGGUGAUGAAGGGUUUGGACCGGAACGCCCCCUCAGUGCCGCCCCAGAACUCCCCACAGGAGGCCCAGCAGGUGGGGAUGUGGAAGAAAUACAUCCAAUGGGAGAAGAGCAACCCACUGCGUACCGAAGAUCAGACCCUCAUCACCAAGAGAGUGAUGUUUGCCUAUGAGCAGUGCCUUCUGGUGCUCGGCCAUCACCCGGACGUCUGGUAUGAAGCUGCCCAGUACCUGGAACAGUCCAGCAAACUGCUGGCAGAAAAAGGGGACAUGAACAAUGCCAAGCUGUUCAGUGAUGAGGCAGCUAACAUCUACGAGCGUGCCAUUGGAUCUCUGCUCAAGAAGAACAUGCUGCUGUAUUUCUCUUUUGCAGAUUAUGAAGAGAGUCGCAUGAAGCAUGAGAAAGUUCAUAGUAUAUACAACCGCUUCCUGGCCAUAGAAGAUAUUGACCCUACAUUGGUCUAUAUCCAGUACAUGAAAUUUGCCAGAAGAGCUGAAGGCAUCAAGUCUGGCCGCACCAUCUUUAAGAAGGCCAGAGAGGAUCCUCGCACACGGCAUCAUGUGUAUGUCACUGCUGCUCUUAUGGAGUACUACUGCAGCAAGGACAAAUCUGUGGCCUUUAAGAUAUUUGAGCUUGGACUGAAGAAAUACGGUGACAUUCCUGAAUACAUUUUGGCCUACAUUGAUUACCUCUCUCACUUAAACGAGGACAACAACACUAGAGUCCUGUUUGAGAGAGUCCUGAUGUCCGGCAGUCUUUCCCCUGAGAAAUCUGGGGAAAUCUGGGCGCGCUUCUUGGCCUUUGAAAGCAACAUUGGAGACUUGACAACAGCUCCCGGCCUGCAUCCUGUUCCUGGAGGAGUGUUUCCUGUCCCUACAACUGCUGUCAUCCUCAUGAAGCUGCUGCCUCCUCCCAGCUGUUUUACAGGUCCCUUUGUGCAGGUUGAUGAGCUGAUGGAGUCUCUCAGAAGAUGUGUAUUACCAGAGACGGUAGAUGCUGCUGUAGAGUUGAUCACUGGGAAGCAGUUCGAGACGAGCAGCGAAGGAAACGGACCUGUGGAAAACCACGCUGUGGCAAACAAGUCCUUGAAAAGGCCUAACGCUGAUUCAGACGAGGAGGAAGACAAAGGAUCGAUCGCACCUCCCAUCCACGACAUCUAUCGAGCGCGGCAGCAGAAGAGGAUCCGAUGAGCCGACCGAAACACACACACACACACCUGAACAACACAGAGACAAUUAAACCCGCAUCCAGCCCACUGACUCCAGCUUCCACCCUGGUUUACUGUGAAGCCUGCACUCCCACAGCGAUCACAAACCAUCGCUCAUCUCCAUUUGGUUCAGUGCUUUCAAAGUUUCUUUUUAACAGUUUUAUUUUUUAAAACUGGGUGGUUUAUACUGUAAAAAGUUUUUAUUCUUGUUUGCCUCAUAGUUCUGAACUUGCCAUGUGUAGUUGCUGGUGAUGGAAGAGUUGAAUUAAUUUUGUAGUGAACUGAGGAUCACACACAACUUGCUUCCAAUAAAGCAAAAUGAUAAAA